CAGGGUGUGAUUGGCCGCUGCAAGAGUCGGUGAGGAAAUUACACCAUCUGUCCCGGGCUGCGGAGAGCGAAAUAUCAGCGCACCAGCGAGAGCUGCACAGCGCCAGGUUGCAAGGGGCUGUCAAAAUGCCUUACGUGCUUAUUAGCACCCAGAUCCGGUUGUGGGCUGCUCUCGAUCUCUUCUCUCAUCAAUCCUGUGGGGAAACUGGACCCACAAUUGUGGGGGACGAACAUUCAGACAAGGAGCUUAUGAACUACCUUGGAGCUGAGAAAACCACUGCAUUAGGAAAUAACUUUUCAGAAUAUCGUGUGAAAUACCCUCCACGGAUGGUGCUGGACAAACUGGAGAUAAUUGGCUAUAAUGUGAUCAGCAUGACUGGCUUGGGGCAGACGCUAGUCUGGUGUCUACAUAAAGCUCUGGAUAAACCUUAGCCAAUUGGAAUUUCUACCAUUGCAUCAAUAUCAGAGAUUGAUUACGGGAUAUCGAGUCAAGAACCCAGUUAUCACAUGUACUGUUUAGAGACUAGCAUUCAACUUAUAUUCCAUUAGAAAUUUUUCAAAGAAUGAGGAUACAUUGAUGGCCUCCAACUCCUUUUAUCUUCCUAUCUCACUAAAAGGUGCUGACUCUUGCAUUCUUGUGGGGGUAUAGUCAGUAUUUCAGAACCUCACCUUAUAACCAUCCUUCAUGUGUGCACCUUCGUAAGUGUUAGCAGACUGUAUGAUCAGAGGAAUACAUCACUGCCAUCACACACACGCACUCUGCAGUGAAUGCUGGCUAGUGAUCAGAAGCAGGGUUCCAGGCUAAUUUUUCCUCCUUCCUAGUAUUGGUCACUGAGAAACACGAACAGUCACCUGAGAUCAGCUAGCUCAGUGACUAACUAAACCCUAAAGAGCCAUUGUCACACCAAAAAAUACAAUUAACACUGAGCUAACAGGGGAGCUCAUACCACCAAUGCACUUGACUAUUCAGUUUGAAAUUGAUGUGGUCCUACAGGAAUGAAGCUCCAAUUCUACCUAACUUCCAACCCCUCUGUUGGAAUGUGAUUUUUGCUUAGUAGUCGACAAUGUUGCAAUACUUUUGCAACAAAGCUUGUGGCCCCUGACCAGCAUUACAAUUAUAUAUAACAACCAAUUUUUCAGCCUGCCAAGAUGAUGAGUAGCUCAAGAGGCUCCCAGAAUCAAAGCCUCGCUGUUUUUAACCUAGGGAAAGGGAAGUGAAGGUUAACUGGAGUUCCCAUUCAUACUCAUCAGUCAGUGACCCAGGCUGGGAGUGAGAGUUAAUUUUCAAUGAGGACAUGAAUGAACUCCCCAUGAUGCCCUCUGUGGUCGAACAACAACAUGUUAUGGUCACUGCACUUCAAAGUAACAAAUUGUAUGAGGCAGGCACUUUCUGAUAAUGAUAAGGUAUGAUAAUAAAUGUAAACUUCUGUUUUUGUCUUUUCUGCUGACAUUCACUGUUCAGUUUCACAAUGGAAUAAUGACCUCUCGAGCGAGGGUCUAUUAAAUGACAGAGCAAUCACUUACGAAA